GGUUGACAACCUUUGUAAAAGUCAGAAGUCCGUUUGAUCCACAGAGCAUGCUGCUGUGUGCAGAAUAUUACUGGACUGUUGUAUGCAGUUGUACUUGUACAGCUAUCAGAGGUGCCAGCUUUAUAGCCAUUUUUAAUUUUAUGUAUUUGUUUUUUCAACCACAGUUAACUGUAUAGUAAUAAGUGCACGCUGCUUUAAGGGCUGGAAAAAUGAUGAAGACGGACACAGCACUUAUUUACGAUGAAGAGAUGACCAAAUACAAACUGCUCUGGAUUGAGUAAGUCCAUGAUUUUUAUCAUGUGAGGGGGAUAACCGGCUUUGUGGCGCUAAUGGCUAGCUAGUUAAUAAACAGUCAUAAAACCCUGAGCAACAUAUUUCGAGAUGGAUAUGAUGUUACACUUCAGUGAUGUUGCCGUCUCUAUUUUAGUAAACCUAAAGGUAGCUGGGGAUAAACUACUGAGGUGGUUGAGUUUGUACAACAUUUAAAUGAAAGCUCAUGACUGGAAGUUCAAACGGUGUCGUUGUUAUGGUGCUAGGAACCGAAGUCCCUGAUCGUUGUCGCAAGUCGGGUCGUUUAGCGAGGAGCAUCCAUAGUGUUUCGUUCACCUCGCUUUUGGAGGCAGAAAAUAACCAACUUACUUGACACUUUGUCUUAAAUAUCUACCCCAAAUAGUUUAUUAGUUUGUUGAUAUUUGAUAGUUUUUAAUUUUCUUUAGAAUUUUCUUUAUCCUGAUAUAGUUUAUCUAUGUUUACACUGACUGUGCACAUUGACCUAUUUUAAGUUUUAAUGCGAAAUAAUCACUGAUACAAACAUGAGCCAUCCGUCUUUGAACAAUGAGACACAAAGUUAGGAUUACAAGAUUUUUUUUUUUUUGUCUGCACUCUUUGUUAAACAUAUCAAGUUAAUAAAAAACAUAAAGAUUAAAAGGAGACCUCAGUUGUCUGGAUCAACUAAAAACACAAGAUUUUAGCAGACGGACCAAGCUAUCUGUCCAUAACUGUUUUUAGGGUCUAAAAUAAUAGAAAAUAAAAUGUCUACAUUGUGAUUUUGUGAACUUCAUUUUUAAAAUAUAAAUUAGUAUGUUCACUGAUGCAUGAUGAAGCUUGAAAGAAGUCACACAAAUGAGUGUCAACUGAAUGGAGCUCUUAAGUAUUUUUUGUUUCUCCAGCCCUGCAUGUAAGAUUGAGGUACCUGAGCGUCUGACUGUGAGCCACGAGGCGUUAGUGAAGAACGGCCUGGCUGACCGCUGUGUCUCUGUACCUGUUCGUGAGGCGACAGAUGCAGACAUUCUGCUGGUUCACAGGUCAGUGCUGGGCCAGUCCCCUGUUUUUGAUCUUUUCUUAAGCCUGAAAUAACCAGAGUCACUUGACUGUGUUUACUUAACAGUGAGGAGUACUUGGAGGCAGUAAAGAAGACCCCAAACAUGACUUUGGAGGACUUGAAAGAGUUCACCAUGCAGUAUGGUGAUGUCUACUUCCACCCAGUUAGUCAAAAUUGUUUAUGGCUAAUCUGCAGUUUGUAUAACUCAUCUGUAUCUCAUGUUGGUUUUUCAUUCAUGGUCACUUCUUUCUUUCUUGUUUUGCUCUAGAACAUCUAUCACUGUGCCAAACUGGCUGCAGGUGCUUCUCUACAGCUUGUGGACAGUGUGAUGACAGGGAAGGUGAGGAAUGGCAUGGCUCUGGUCAGGUGAGGUUAAAGAAUUAUUCUGAUAAUCAAACCAGUGCUUGGAUGACUUAAGUCAAAAUCUCUCAGUUUUGCAAUAAGGACUACUUUACUUGUGAUAUUAAAGAUUUGGAUUUUUAGUCUUAUGUAUUGAAAAGUUGAUGUCUGUUACUGUCCCAGCUGGAUUAUAGGAGCUUGAUUAUGGUGGUUGAGGUGUAAACAAACCUUGCAACUGUGAAUAUAACUGGCACAGAAAACUCAAUCAUCCAUAGUCACAAUAUGUUCAUGAAUUCUUUAUCAUUGUUUACAGACCACCAGGACACCACAGUAUGCGCAGUGCUGCUAAUGGAUUCUGUGUGUUUAAUAAUGUGGCCAUAGCAGCCCGCUACGCCAAGCAAAAACAUGGAGCUGAAAGGUAACCUUUUACUUUUCUGGUUUAUUCCUUCAGAAAUUGUAGUAGUUCUGGCUCAACAUAUUUUAACUUUUAGUGAACAUUUUUUUUGUCUUUUUCAGGGUCUUGAUAGUGGACUGGGAUAUACAUCAUGGUCAAGGUGUGCAGUACUGUUUUGAAGAUGAUCCGAGGUGAGUCUUGUCUAAAAGAGGGAGCCAUGACUUUGACCUUUUUAAAGGUGUUUUCUGACACAUUAAACUCUUCAAACCAUGUAUCACUCUGCACAGUGUGCUCUACUUCUCAUGGCACCGCUAUGAGCAUCAGAAAUUUUGGCCUCAGCUGAGAGAAUCAGACUAUGACAGUGUUGGCAAAGAGAAAGGAGCAGGAUUCAAUAUUAAUGUACCGUGGAACAAGGUCAGUCACGACAGCAAUAUCUACUUUACACCAGAAGUUAUAAUUAAUCCCUUUGAAUUCUCUGUGUCUGCUUUAUCUUUGUUCUUUCUUUGGUGCUGACUAUAAAAUUCAAAGCAUGUAAUGUAUAAAAGUAACCAACACUCGAAGAUACUUUUGAGGCUGAAACAAAAACAUGUUCCCUGAUAGUUUGCAUUUAUAAUGUCAAAUGAUAAACCGAUGAAAAAUGUGCAAAAAUGUUUUCUUAUAAAGACCAACUGUGACAUUUCAGGUGGGAAUGAAGAACAGCGACUACCUUUCAAUCUUCUUCCACGUCCUUCUUCCAGUUGCGUAUGAGGUCAGACAAUUUUGAGGAAACUCACAUUUUAGUAAGACUGUUGAUGUAUUUGUGAUUUUUUUAUAUCAACUUCUGUUUCUUUGUUGCAGUUUUGCCCAGAUCUGGUCCUAGUGUGUGCAGGAUUUGACUCAGCUAUCGGUGACCCAGAGGUAAAAGAAACAGCUGUGAUUGGGUCUUCUCCUUUUUUGCAUGCCAGUCCUGCAUGCACUGGUAUGUAAUGAGUAACAAGUGCAUAAUCAGUUGUUAUUCAGAACCACAGCUCUAAUAUGACCAACUUUUAAAAUGUUUAUCAAAGCUCCAACUAGUCUAAUUGUUCAAACCUCCUAUGAAAUAAACUGAUAUUCAUAUUGAUGUCUUUUCAUGAUGGUUGAAAGCAAACCAGUCAGUGACAAUACUGGCAAUUACAAUAUAAUAUAUAUUUUUUUACCAUGUGAGCUGGUAGGUGUCAGCCAAGCAGCUGAAGAAACAGGCAGGUUCUUAUAAUUUGAGCUAUAAAUGAUAAGUUUGACUUUUAAAGUCUUCUGGAUGAGAUUUUCAGUCAAAAGUCACGACUUAAAUAUGAAGAGGACAACAUUAACAAAAACUGCUUUGUCUACAAUAGAUUGAUGCAAACCUCAAGUUCCUCACAGCAGCUUGAAAUACACAUCUGCAGACAUUUAAUUGUGAUAAUGGGGUGAUAAAAUAAAGAGUCUUUGUCAAAUUAUUGGAACAACAUGGGAUUUUUGUUUUCAGGGUGAAAUGUGUGCGACCCCGGACAUCUUUGCCCACCUCACUCACCUGCUGAUGAAACUUGCAGGAGGAAAACUUUGCGCUGUUCUUGAGGUAAGGCAACACAUCACAGAGAUCACUUAUCAUGAACCAAAACAUAUAAGAUCACUUCAUGAACCUCUUCACAUUUAAUCACUGCCUUACUAUUGUGGAUUUAGUUUUUUUUUCUCUGUUAAGCAUCCCUUAACUGUUAUUUUUGAUUUAUGAUGUGUGCAUUGUUUCUGCAACUUUUCAUGAAGCUGGCCUGUUAAAGUUGAACAUGUGCUUCCAUCAUUUCAGGAGAAUAUUCAGUAGUAAAAGUUUAAUUGUGUAAAUGUUUUCCAGGGAGGAUACAACUUGACUUCCCUCCCCCAGUCUGUUUGUCAAACAGUUCAAACUUUACUGGGAGAUCCUGCACCUCGCCCUACAAACCUUGAUGGACCCUGUGAAAGGUCUGUCCUCCCUCAUCAGCUUAAAGUUUGUCUGACUUUAUGUUGUAUAAAUGUGAUUUAUAAUUACAGUAUAUUCAUUUUUCUCUUCAUAGUGCGCUGGAGUCUCUUCACUGUGUCCGAUCUGCUCAUAGGCGGUACUGGUCCUGCCUCAGACAUGCAGGUAGUUAUUAAAUCAUGAUGUUGACCAACACAAAGCACAAAAUGUUUGAUCUGGGCAAAUCUGUUUCAUCACCCUCUUCCCAGCUGUGUUACCCUCCUCUGAAAUCAGCACAAAGCGCAUUAAAUUAGCAGAAAAAGAAGAUGAAGAAAAGACUGAGAAUGGAGAAGAGGAGAAACAGGUUGAAGAAAAGGUGUGGCCAGAGCCCCCAAAACGUACCCCUCCUCAAAUCCAUACAGCUGUAGUCCUCCCUGAUGAUGUUACCUGCCCAGACAGAUGUAAACGCUUCCGAUCAGACGAGGAGUCUAACCCAGAAACUGUCAACAAACUCAGGUAGGAAACUGGACAAUUAAAAGUAGCAUGGGAAUGAUUUAUUCUUGGAAGAUUAGCAACUGAAUCUACUUCAUCAUGGUUUUUCCACAAACAGGGAGAACCUCCUCAAAUCUACAGAUGACAGCAGCGAUCUCACAGUCCUGUCCGGUCUUAUUACCCUCGCACAGAAGAUGGAGCAGAAUGAGGUACAGCCUGGAUCAUUCUGUUCUGUUUUUGUGAUAUGGGUUUUGCUUAGCAGACCUGCCUGCAUGAUCUAACAUUAUUAUGUUUGAUGACUUCCUCUCAGAUCUGUAAUGGCUUGGCCUUAGUCCGUGAUGUCUCCAUGGCGAUGAUGUGCCUUAUCCAGCACGCUGUAACAUCCCCCAGCAGCCGGUAUACCAGUGUUAACCUAAUUCAUGCGUACAUCACCAGGGUAGAAAAAUGAAUCAGUUGUAAAAGUAAACAGCAUUUUUCCUCUCAUACUAUCUGAAGAUGAGUUUAAAUCUUUUUCAGAUUCAACUCACUUUGUUCUUUGACAGGACUGUCACAGGACAGGACUAAAACUACUCUCUUGUUUAUGCCCCAAAAUAAACUGCAGACAAGAGAUUUACAGCUUAGCAGACAGUGUGGAAAAUCAGAUUGCCAAAAUUCUUUAAAUUAUGUGCUAUAUUGGCCGUGAGCUCAAUAGUUAUGUUUCCAUAUUUUAUGAAAAAGGCUAUUUUGUUUUCCAGAUUUCAGUCUGAUUGAGUGUGGCUCUCUCCUCAUGCAGGGUUCUGGUUGUCUGUGUUGGAGAAACAGUGGUCCCAAGUCUUGUCACUGAUGAUGGGUGAUUAUCUUUCCUUCUCCCUGCAGUAGACUUUUGAAAAAAAUGGAAAUUCACUCUUUUGAGCCAGUACAAACACAUUUAUAUUUUUUCUUCUUCUUCAAUUUUUAGAAAAACACUUCUGGUGCAGUUUACAAGCAAGAGCAAAGAGGAACAGACCAGCAAAUAUAACGUAACUGUCUGCCUGAAGAAGGUACUGUGUGUAUUAAAGAAGUAGAAACUACAUUUCAGAGGAUUUUUCUGUGUGCUCACAAAGCUGCUGGAUGUCAUUUAUGUUUGCCUCUCCUUUGUAGUAUCAAGACAAAGUAUUAAGUUUGGCCACCAAAACUGAAUUAUAUCUUUGAAUCUAAAGAAAUAAACAAACCAUUUACUUAAUUUACAUUUAUUUAAUAUUGAGUGAUGGAUGGAAACACACUCUCCAGUUUUGUUUGUCCUGCUGCAGGGCUGCAGUGACUUGUCAGGGUUCACACAGGCUGUUCUGAGCCUCCUUCUACCUCUAGGAUACGAGUACGACCCUAGUCUCGUUGUAUUAGUUCGGAUGGCAGAUAGUGGUCUUUGUGACAGUAUGUGGCAACAGCUGAUUGGCCUGCUGCAGGGCCUGGCACAGGGACGGACACUGGUACUCAUGCAGGUAAGCACUUAAAUCAUCCCUUAAUGAUACAAGUACUAUAUCAUCCUUAUUCUACGUCUUUGAAUAAUGGUACUAUUUUUAAUUUUAGGACACUGAGAAAGCUUGUGUUGGCGUCACAGCCUCCUCUCUCCAUGGGGAUGCUGCCCCCUCUGUGGGGAAGCUUCAUGCACCUCUACCUGAGGAUGUGGAGGUGAUGGAGAGGCUGAGAAACACAUUGCAGGUGGACUGGAAGCUCCUGCAGACUACAGGUGAGUUCAUGGGAGAAGUGUCACAUAUGAAAAAUGGCAUAUUAUCAGGCAUCCUUGGACUUUUCUGAGUCCUGCUAACUGCAAUUUUCACCUCCUGACAAACAGCACCAGAAACUGGACGAGGAGAUGAACACUGAAGAUGAUUUUGCUAUUUUCUGUAGAAAACUAAUCUGAAUAAAAUUUUGUAUAUUUGAACUAACUUUUUUAUUAAACAUAUACUGCCCUGAAA